AUCAAGAUAAAAAGUAGCAAAAAGCAAAAAGUUUAUUUUGAGUCAACAUGAACUUCCUGAGCUAGAGAGUUUGAAAACUGCAACAUGAAUUUGUGUAAAAAUGGAAAAUCCUAUAUAUCUGAAAUAUUCGUUCGAAUGAUUCAAGAAAAAUGGCAGAAUCUAAAAUUAGAUUCGGACCGGUGUAGUUCAUUCAAAUCUAAUAAAACUGCCCGUAUCUGCUAAACGCAUGAGGGUAUACAUUAUCCAGAUUAUUUACAUGUAUUUGUUUCCGAAUGCUUGCCCGUCUUUGUGGGCGUUUCCGGCUGAUUCUUUCUCAAAAGUUGAAAUGAAGCUUUUAUCUCAGUUCACGAAGAUUAUUCAACGCUAGUGUUUUCAAAUUCAAAAAGAAACCAUCGCAUUUAUUAUCGAUCAAUUAUUUGAAUUUCAAAUUGUAGGUGCUCAGACUAUUCGUUGUUUAGAUUUAGUGCACGAUGACGAGAACGCGGUGGAAGUUCGCUAGAAUAAUUGGUAUAAUUGCCGCGUCAAUUUUACUUUAUUUAUUGCUGGGAGUCAAAACUUACCUUUACAAAGCCAGUGUAUUCUUGCCGAAUGCUCACCCCAACGAAGUGUGGGAGUACGUUGCAGAUUUCAGCAAUAUGAAAUAUCUAAAUCCCACAAUAGAGGAUUUUGAAAUCAUCGAAGAAAAUGGCAAUUACAACCAUUGGCAGUACACUGUGCAGUAUAAGGAACAUCUGUCACACUGGCCCUAUUUGCCGAACUAUGCCAAAGCUAGAUUUAGCAUAAAACCCGACGAAUCUAAAUCCAAGUUUUUCAUCAAAUCAUUUCAUACCACGUGUUUAAUCAAUGAUUUUCUGUGUCUGAAUUCGGAAAGUGAAUUUUCAUUCACUCGGGGAUAUUCGUCACAUGGAGUGCAUUGUGACGAAGAAAUAGCUUAUGAAUGUCCAGCCAUCUUUGCUAGAUUUUGUGAAAGAGAAGUGAAAUAUCAACGAGAUGCUAUAAUGUUGAAUCUAAAGAGACGUUUCCAAUGAACGUUAAAUAUGAAAGUACCAUUUUUUGUUAACAUUAAAUAAAAUAUUCAUGUUAGUUUUUCAUAUGUACCAAAAUAAUGUAUUGAUCGCCUACUCACAGGUAAUAUCAAUAACACGUGAUUUUUGUUAUGAAAAUAUAUUUAAAACUUCAUAAAAAACAGUCUCAGUGUCUUACAUAUAUAAACUUAAUUGAUCAUUAUAAUAUAACAUUAUAUCAGAAAA